AUGGAGGCAGCGCGCCCUCCGUCGACGGCGGGAAAGUUUGUGGUGGUUGGCGGUGGCAUCGCGGGUGUCACCUGUGCUGAGCAGUUGGCUAUUCAUUUUCCAUCAGAAGAUAUUCUCCUGGUAACAGCUUCUCCUGUUAUUAAAGCAGUUACAAAUUUCAAGCAGGUUUCUAAAGUAUUGGAGGAAUUUGAUGUUGAAGAGCAACCAAAUACCAUGUUAGAAAAUCGCUUUCCCAACAUUAAGGUUAUAGAAUCCGGAGUAAAGCAACUGAAGAGUAAAGAACAUUGCAUUUUAACAGGAGAUGGCAGUCAGCAUGUAUAUAAGAAACUCUGUCUGUGUGCUGGAGCUAAGCCAAAGUUGAUAUGUGAAGGAAAUCCUUAUGUAUUAGGAAUCCGUGAUACAGACAGUGCUCAGGAAUUUCAGAAACAGCUUACUAAAGCCAAAAGAAUAAUGAUCAUAGGGAAUGGUGGCAUUGCACUUGAACUAGUGUAUGAAAUUGAAGGCUGUGAAGUCAUUUGGGCCAUUAAAGACAAAGCCAUUGGGAAUACUUUCUUCGAUGCAGGUGCAGCUGAAUUCUUGACUUCAAAGCUCAUUGCUGAAAAACCAGAGGCUAAAAUUGCACAUAAAAGAACCAGAUAUACAACUGAAGGAAGAAAAAAGGAAGCACAAACCAAAGGUAGUGCUGGCAAUAUGGGCAGUGCCUUGGGACCUGAUUGGCAUGAAGGCUUGAAUCUUAAAGGAACAAAAGAGUUUUCUCGUAAGAUUCACAUUGAAACUAUGUGUGAAGUAAAGAAAAUCUACCUUCAGGAAGAAUUUAGAAUUUCGAGGAAAAAGUCCUUGCCUUUUCCGAGAGACCAUCAUAAUCAGCCAGUCACAACUGAUAAAGAGGUAUGGCCUGUAUAUGUGGAAUUGACCAGUGAAAAGAUAUACGGCUGUGAUUUCAUUGUCAGUGCUACAGGAGUUACACCAAAUAUAGAACCUUUUCUCUGUGGCAACAAUUUUGAUCUAGGCGAAGAUGGUGGCCUGAAAGUGGAUGAUCACAUGCACACGUCUCUCUCUGAUAUCUAUGCUGCAGGUGACAUCUGCACUGCGUCAUGGCAGCCCAGCCCAGUGUGGCAGCAGAUGAGGCUGUGGACCCAGGCUAGACAGAUGGGGUGGUACGCAGCCAAGUGCAUGGCCGCAGCUACUUUAGGACAAUCUACUGACAUGGACUUCAGCUUUGAACUUUUUGCUCACGUAACAAAAUUCUUUAACUAUAAGGUUGUAUUGCUGGGAAAAUACAAUGCACAGGGCUUAGGUUCAGAUCAUGAAUUAAUGCUGAGAUGUACCAAAGGACAAGAAUACGUCAAAGUCGUCAUGCAGAAUGGGCGCAUGAUGGGAGCUGUCUUAAUUGGUGAAACUGAUUUAGAAGAAACAUUUGAAAACUUAAUUUUAAAUCAGAUGGAUCUUUCAUCAUAUGGAGAAGAUCUGCUAGAUCCCAAUAUUGAUUUAGAAGAUUAUUUUGAUUAA